UGACGUCACCGGGGUCUUUUCUCGUGUGUGGCUCCGUGAGGGUCAUGCAGUGCGUCUGAUCUCUGUUAUUAUUGUCGUUUCUCGGGUCUGAUCUCGUGUCGUGUGGUUUUAAUCUCUCUCGUCAUGAUGGGCGGCAGCAGCAGCAGGAUCGCGGCUGGUUUGGGCGCGGCGCUCUUCGUCGGUUACUGCAUUUAUUUCGACAGAAAGAGACGGAGUGACCCAAACUACAAGAACAAACUACGAGAACGAAGAAAAAAGCAGAAGGCGGCUCAGGAGAAAGCUGGAUUAUCAAGGUUACCAGACCUGAAAGACGCCGAAGCCGUUCAGAAAUUCUUCCUUGAGGAGAUUCAGCUCGGAGAAGAACUGCUGGCGCAGGGUGACUACGAGAAAGGUGUGGAUCAUCUGACGAACGCGAUCGCCGUGUGCGGUCAGCCGCAGCAGCUCCUCCAGGUCCUGCAGCAAACGCUUCCUCCUCCAGUCUUCCAGAUGCUCCUCACCAAACUCCCCACUAUCAGCCAGCGUAUCGUCAGCGCUCAGAGCGUCAGCGACGACGACAUCGAGUAGAAAACCUCCGGCAGCUGUGACAUCACUUCCUGUCUGCUUCGAAUCAGUCAAUCGCUCUGUCCCGCCCCUUUCCAUCCAGUUCUCAAACACUGAACGCACGGAUACGGAUUUAAAGAAGUGUUUAGGAUAAAAAGUGUUUUGUUUUGAAUUUGAGCUUCUGAGUUUGUCCUGUUGAAGUUGACGUGUAUUUCGGUGUAUUUGAAUGACGGAAAACAAGCAUGACCAGUUUUUUCAUCAAUUAUUUGUUUUACUAACAAGGCAGUUUGGGUUAACAAAAUCAUGAAAUAUGCAAGCGGCAAAUCAACAUGUCGACGGGAUGUUUACGGUGUCCUUCGUCUAUCAUCGACUAGCGCUGAAAGCAGCCGGUUAAAGAAAACACUCACGAGAGGACGUGCUGCUGUCAUGUAUCUGUGUUCAUGUAUUUAAGUUAUUUUUAAAGGUUGUGAGACGUCUAAUGUGGUAUCGUGGGAUAUGAAGCACGUUUAAAGGUGCUCUGUUUCAAGUAGGGGAGAGUUUCCUCUUUUUUUAACUCCAAAAUAAAAAAAAAUCAAUGUAUCAA